AUGACCUCCGAAAUUAACGUUGAAAAAUCUGCUGCAACGCACUUGGAAGACACCCUUGGAAGCGGUGCUAUUAUCGAAGCAAAACGUGCCUCCGACGAGGAACACUCGCAAACCCUAUGGCAGGCAAUAAAUGCCAAUCGAAAAGCUGUCGCCUGGUCCAUGCUUAUAUCAUUGUCCAUUGUUAUGGAAGGUUAUGAUGUUGUGCUAAUUGGAAAUUUCUUCGCCUACCCCCAAUUUACCCAUAUGUAUGGGCAAGAUUACGGCGGUAAGACUGGGUGGCAGAUUUCUACACCAUGGCAAUCUGGUUUAAACAUGUCCAGUACAAUUGGAACAAUUUUUGGAGGAUUACUGAAUGGAUAUAUGACAUCUCGCGUUGGAUAUCGCUGGGUUAUGAUUACAUCCCUUGCAGCUCUGAAUGCUCUGUUGUUUAUUGUAUUUUUUGCUCCUUCCCUUGGCGUUUUGGUCGCCGGCGAAAUGCUUUGUGGGUUCACCUGGGGUGUGUUUGCCAUAGUUGGUCCCUCCUACGCAUCGGAAGUUUGCCCGACAAAUCUACGUGGCUAUCUUACCAUUUAUGUGAAUCUCUGUUGGGCAAUUGGCCAGUUCAUUGCCGCCGGUGUCCUGGAAGGAUUGAUCCAUAGGAACGACGAAUGGGCAUACCGUAUUCCUUUUGCUCUGCAAUGGAUCUGGCCUCUUCCCCUGAUGGUGGUUUGCUUUUUCGCUCCGGAGUCACCCUGGUACCUAGUGCGCAAGGACCGACUUGAAGCUGCAAAACACUCCCUCCGACGCCUCGGCGGAAACAAAACUGAAGACCAAAUAAAUGGCCAGCUGGCUAUGCUGGUGCACACAAUCAAAAUCGAAUCGGAGUUGGAAAAAGGUUCAAGUUACCUCGACUGUUUUCGAGGAACGGAUCUACGACGGACAGAGAUAUGCUGUCUCGCCUUUGUUGGACAGAUUUUAUCUGGCAGCACAUUCGCUUAUUCUCCGAGUUACUUUUUCACAACUGCCGGAAUGAGUACAGAUCAUGCGUAUCAACUGAGCCUUGGUGAUACUGCAAUUGCCUUUGUGGGUACAAUUUGCUCCUGGUGGCUGAUCACGCACUUUGGUAGAAGAAUCAUUUACUUAACCGGACAAGGAGUUCUGUUUGUCGUGCUAUUUCUUAUUGGCAUAAUCAAUUCCUCAACGAGCGCGAAUAGCGCUGUCUGGGCGCAAGCUGGCCUAUGUAUCUUCUGGUUGUUGGUAUAUUCGCUGACUGUCGGCCCUAUCGCAUAUGCUAUCGUCUCCGAAACAUCUUCUAUCCGUCUACGGAGUAUGACUGUAUCAUUGGCACGUGUUUCAUACCAAGUUAUCAACGUCGUCAGCCAGGUAUUGGAGCCAUACUUUAUGAACCCAACAGCAUGGAAUGCAUCUGGCAAGACAGGAUUUUUCUGGGGUUGUACGGCUCUUUUUACAUUCAUCUGGGCAUACUUUCGCUUGCCGGAGGCCAAAGGGCGGACAUAUGAGGAACUGGAUAUUUUGUUUGCGAGGAAGGUUAGCGCUAGAAAGUUUGCGAGUGAGCAUGUGGAUGCGUAUGGGGCCCAGGGAAUUGAACUGGAAAAGGAGGAGAAGUAG